AUGGCAGAAUUCAGAUCCAGAGGUUUUCAGAGGCUGGUGGCUGCAAUGGAGCCCAGAUACAAACUAAAAACUGAGAAGCACUACCGCACUGAUGUUCUAGAUGGUAUCAUUACGAAAGUGGAGAAGAAAAUAAAAACACUCAUUGCAGAGGAUGCUGGCCCUUUUUUGUCUUUCACAACAGACUGUUGGUCAGGGGACACUGAAGCACUGAUGAGUCUAACAUGUCAUUUCAUUGAUGACAACUGGGAAAGGAAACAAGUCAUCCUAAAUGCCAAGGCAAUGUCUGGCUCCCACACUGGGGACAGCAACAUGUUCAUCAGCAUGCUGAAGCACUGGGACAUCAGCCAUGACAGAGUUGUGCUAGUGCUCCGUGACAGUGGUGCUAACAUGGUAAAAGGCCUCAGACUGACAGACGUACCUGAUCUCAGCUGCAGUGCACACACUAUACAGCUUGUGGUGAACGAUGGGAUCAACAGUCAGCGAGUGGUGCUGGACGUUAAUGCCAAGUUAAAGACCAUAGCCAAACAUUUCAACCACUCCGUGCUGGCAAAGCAGCAUCUGAAAGAUAUUCAAAAAGAACUUGGACUUCCCCAGCACAGUCUCAUUCAGUCUGAACCCACUCGCUGGAACUCAACACUCCACAUGAUGCAGAGGAUGCUGGAGCAGAAACGCGCUGUGAACAUCUAUGCUGGAGAAUAUGGAAAAUUUGCUACUCCAACAGCAGAUCAAUGGGACAUCAUUGCCAAUUUGAUUGACACACUGGAACCAGUUGAGGAAGUUACCCUCGAGAUCAGCAGGUCAGAGGCUUCCAUCUCCAGUGUCAUCCCAAGGAUUGCAGUGCUGAAAAUGUUGCUUCAAUUGGAACUGGCCAUGUUGUCUGUCCAGCGGGACAAUGCCAUGAUUGGUCAGGUAUAUGACAUGCUUAACAUGGUUUGGAAGACCUAUCACUUCAGUCCCAAAUCGAUGAGGGAGCUCAAGGCCCUUGGAGAAGACCUUGGGGUGAAUGUGCUCGUCCCCAGUGGGGUUAGAGCAGCGGUUCCCAAACUGGGGGUCGCGACCCCCCGGGGGGUCGCGGAGCACCGAGAGGGCCCUACAGAAUCUGCCACUGCAAAGGCAGUCAGAUGCUUCAACAUUUUCAACCAUGACUCCUGGCCAGAGAGCCAAGAGAAGUUGGUGGACCAUGGUGCAGAUGAUCUUGAGUUCCUCUUGGAACAUUUCUCCCCCAUCAUCUCAAGGAUGUUUAAGGACAAGAGCUACACAAGCCUGUGGGAGAUGAUGUUGAACAGAGAGCCAUACUGCUCGGAGUUCAAGAACAUCCUGCACCUGGUCCAUAUAAUGCUGGUCCUCCCAGUGUCUUCUGCAGUGCGUGAGAGGGGAUUCUCUUCACAGAAGAGGAUAAAGUCUGACGUGAGAGCAUCUCUUCAUUCAGACACAGUGGAAGACCUGAUUAGAAUCAGCGUUGAGGGUCCAACUUUGGAGGACUUUGACCCAACAGAGUGUGGCAAUCUGGUUGACCCAAGGAAAGAGGGCAUGGCCAAAUUACAAAUGUUGGCCGUCUGA